ACAAGAAGAAGCAGCUAGCUCGCAAGAUCACACAAACCCACGUUUUCCCUCCAGUGUAGGGUGUGGCAGGAGUCGAACUAUUCAGUCGGAGUCUUGUCCUCCUCACCCCUCCGUCGCAGUACAGAAUGGCGUCUCCACUAGCAAGGCAUUUCAGCAGGAUUUUCCAAUUAACGUUACAUGUCCAAAGAAAACCUGUUACGUUUUCCGGAGUGAGACACAAGUCGUCUACAGUGCAGUAUGCAGCACGCCCUGACCUGCCGAAGCUGGCUUAUAGAAAAGUGAAGGGGAAGAGCCCAGGUGUAGUCUUCUUGCCAGGGUUUGCCUCGAACAUGGGAGGGAAGAAAGCAGAAGCCCUUGAGGAGUUCUGCCAAUCACUAGGCCACUCUUACCUAAGGUUUGACUAUACAGGCUGUGGGUCAUCUGAAGGUGAGAUGGUAGACGGCACUGUUGGCACUUGGAAGAGGGAUGUUCUAUAUGUAUUGGACGAGCUUGUGGAGGGGCCACAAAUUCUGGUUGGCUCUAGUAUGGGCGGCUGGCUGAUGUGCCUGGCAGCCAUAGCUCGUCCAGAAAGAACUGCGGCCAUGGUUGGCAUCUCUACAGCAGCUGACCACUUUGUAACGGUCUUCAAAACACUUCCUAUUGAGGCGAGGAAGGAGAUUGAAGAGAAGGGGCAGUGGGUGGUUCCUACCAAACACAACGAGGAGGGCUCCAUCACGUUCACCACAGAGUUCCUGAAGGAGGCAGAGCAGCACUGUGUUCUGCAGAGCCCCAUUCCAGUGACCUGCCCGGUGAGGCUCAUCCAUGGGAUGAAGGACCAGGAUGUGCCCUGGCACAUCUCCAUGCAGCUAGCCGAGCGUGUGCUGAGCAACGACGUUGACGUCAUCUUGCGCAAGCAUGGCCAGCACCGCAUGGCAGAAAAGGAGGACAUCAAGCUCAUAGUCUACACCAUCGAUGACCUAAUAGACAAGCUGACCACUUUGGUUUGAUUGGCCAAAACUGGACCAUGCUAUGGGUGACACCUACCACCCCUGUCCCAACUUUCCUGCACUAGAACUGCUGUUCCUGAUGCGUUACAAAAUCGAGGUGCUACUUUACAAAAUACAUACUGUGAAGAAAAGGAGCUCGUACACUUUCUCCUGGCUCUCUCCAUAUCUUUUGUUGGGAUUUUUAUUUACUGGUGCCAUGCCACUUUGUUCACACUUCUCCCAAACUUAUUGGGAUUUCUGUGAAUUUUUUUAUUUUAUUCUCACAAUGUGGUUUGAUAGUGAUUUCGUUAAACCGUUAAUGAGUAGGGCUCACAUUACAAUAGCACAUCAGGUACAGGUGUGUUGCGUCCACCUGCGAGCAAACAUUUAUUUUACUCCCAACAAAUACAGGUGUCAUGGGCAGUUGUGCCUUUAUGCAUGCAUGUGCACUUAAAGACCAGUAGGAGGCAGCAAAUGUCACUAGUAUUUUAGGCACUUCGCUAUGUAACAUGUCUCCAGCAGAAUAGAUUUCUAGGGGGGGAUUUCCAUGCACUUCUCAUUUCCCAUGCUGUCCGUAUUUGCGCUUUUGGUUCCAUUGCUGAAAGAACAUAUCUAUUUUCGUAUUGAUUUGUCCGUGCCAUUUGACUUUGCACACAAGGUCAGAACAGCAUAUUGACUGCAUGACAACUCAUGUAUGAAGAACUUUAUGUAGAUUCAACUUAUGUUACUUUCAAUGUUGGCUCAGUUCAUAUGGGUUUUGUUGCUCGUGGGUCCUAUUCCAAAAUGACACAGAUCUCAAAGAAACAAUUGAACAGUAGCAUCAUGAGAUGUUAGCCUGGUUUGAGUGACUGGCACAAAAGCACGUUUUUGGGGAGUUGUUAGGUGAAAAACAUUGCCGUGUAGAGAGCAGCCCAUGUUUAGAUUUUCCUGUGUAGUAUAGUAAACGUUCUGUUUUGCUGGUUAAAGCCAGGUUUUUCUGGUUGGUUUCCAACAUCUCACAACCUAGAUCCUAAAUGUUUAAUCUUGUGAACUAAGUUUAUUUAUGUCAUGUUCCAUAUCACAGUGAAAUGUUUAUAGGUGAUAUCAUUAUGUGGCAGAAUUGAUGGGCUAGUUCACCGAAACACUGGUCAUAUCUGUUUAUUGAUGAUAACAAGCAAUACCAUCUGACGCUUAUGCCAAUAAAUAAAGUAACAAAAUA